CCGGGAUUUAGGCUAGCCCAGAAACCGGACUGUUGUGUAGUUGUGAGAAAGCUACGCGGGUGUGUGUGUGUAUUCUAUUUGACUGUGGACUGCUAGUCAACUGGAGUUAACGAGUUGAAAACACGAUCAAUGAGAGACGCAGCAUGGAGUGUAGCAUCCUCCCCCGACUUGUGCUCCUGAUGGCCCUGCACUGCUGUGUCCUGUCCAUGCACAUCCUCCACACCUUCAGAGACCCCGACAACAACUUGCUCCAGAAGAUGGCGCUACACUCAGCCUCUGGCGCCGUCUACAUCGGGGGCGUCAACCGGCUGCACAGACUUACCUCCAACCUCAGUUUGAUUCAGAGCGCCGCCACGGGCCCAAGGGAGGACAACCCUGAUUGCCCCCCGCCAAUCGUGCCGUGUAACCUGUCCAAGGUGGCGACCCAAAGCUUGACCAAAAGCCUGGUCGUCGACCCAGACAAUCACGUGAUCAUCCUGUGCACGAGCCUGUUCCACGGCUCGUGCCAGGUGCUGAAGCUGGACAACAUCACGGACAUGACCAGCCACACGGCCAUGCCCAUGGUGCCCAACGACCAGUCUUCCUGCGUCAUGCUCAUCGCCCCGGGCCUCAACCAGACCAACAGCCUGUACGUGGGGGCCGAGUACAGCAGUCUGGGCACGGAGAAGUACCGAGACAUCGUGCCCAGCAUCAGCAGUCGCAAGCUCAACACUCUGGAACUUUCCUACAGGGACACGCAGGGCGGGACCAAAAUGAGCAUCAAGCCGGAGUUCCGGAACAAUUUUAAAGUGAAGUUUGUGCACGGCUUCUCCGCGGGUCGAUUCGUGUACUUCAUCACAACACAGAGACGGGAACUCAAGUCUCAGGAGAUGGUGACCAAGGUCAGUCGUCUGUGUCACACUGACCAGUACUUCCGGUCAUACGUUGAGAUGCAGCUGGACUGUCAGGGCAGGGGCGUGGCUCAAGCAGCAGACGUCAAGGGAGACCAGUUGGUAGUGUCGUUCUCUCAGGAUAUAAAUAGCGAGACGAGCCUGUGUGUUUACUCAAUGGCUGACAUUGACAAGGCAUUUGACGCCACGGUCCAGUCCUGCUACGAUGGACAGGGGAAAGUGGGACCUGCUCAUUACGAGAGAAUCAGGACAUGUAUGAAGACAACUAGUCCUGUAGAUUUGUGUGCCAGUACAGAACUGUCGCAAGCUUAUCCCAGCCUUGAAGCCAAGACACCAGUUAGCUCUGUGCCGGAUUUGUUGUUGAAGAACACUAGAAUAACUGCCUUGAGAUUUGCACAAGAAAACAACAUACUACAUGCUGGAACACAGGAUGGCCAUGUCUUAAAGAUUUUAAUGGGAAAAAGUGUAGCAGCAGAAGUGAAGAGAUUCAACCUUGGCAACAACGACCCAGUUCUGGAUAUUGUUAACUCACAGAUUGAAGAACGGAUUUAUGUUUUAACCACUACAAAGGUGUAUUUACUGUCAAGUGAUAUCUGUGAGAGUAGCGCAACCUGUGAUGAAUGUGUAGAUGGAGUGAACCUCCUGUGUGGCUGGUGUGUCAUGGAGGGGCGCUGCACGACAAAACAAACUUGUCCACCAUCAGCUUUCAAGCCAUACUGGCUCUCUGCAUCAGGGAACGUAUGUCUGAAUGUGUCUGACGUGGAACCUAACGUCAUCAGCUACCAUUCUCUAGGACAGGACUCCAGUAAUUCUAAGGUUGUUAAAUUUUCUUUGGAGUCUGUUAGUCUGACAUCAUCCAAUGACCUUGAACUUGGCUGCUUGUAUCAGCUGGGAGAAAAUGAACACAAUACACCAGCCUCUAUAACCAAUGAUCGUCACAUUAGCUGCCCCCUGCCUAAGACAUUGAAAAUAGCCCACGGUAAGGAUCAUGAAAAAUUAAAUGUGCAUUUCAAUGUGAAAGGGAAAUCCAUUGUAACCAGGAGUAUUAGUGUGUUUAACUGCAAUCCUCACACAUCCUGCACUAGCUGCACAAACAGCACUUAUCAGUGUAAAUGGUGCUACAAGUCAGGGAAGUGUGUUGAUAAAAACUCGACCUGUGGAAACCCUAAGGAAGCUCAAGCGUUGUCUAUCAAAGACAGUACCAAGUGUCCAUUUAUCUCAACAUCGACUACGAAAUCUGGAAUUCUGGUCCACUCAGGUCAGGAGAAGCAGAUUGCUGUGGGAGUGAAAAAUAUUGGGGCUGAGUUAGAGGCCAACUUGAAUUGUGUAUUCUCACACUCUGGUAACCAAACAAGGGUCAAGGCCACAAUUUCUUCCUCCACCUUGACCUGUGACAGUGUUAAGUUCAAGUAUGAUGGAGAAAGCCCGUAUAUAAUUGCUGAUUUUAAAGUCACUUGGGGACCAAACAAUCUGCUCCUGGAUAAUCCAAGUGGAAUUCAAGUUCAGAUAUACAAGUGUAUGCAUAUGGUAUCCUACUGUGGGCAGUGUUUAUCCUUGGAUGCGGAGUACGAGUGUGGAUGGUGCGAGGGACCUUGUGAAAACUGUGAGGGGAAGUGUCUGCUACAGAAAAGUUGCAGCAAUCAUUGGUUGGACCGAGCAUCUACUUGCCCUAAUCCUCAGAUCACUAGGUUUUCCCCUGCCACUGGACCCAUCCAAGGUGCGACAUUGAUCACAGUGACAGGGAUCAACCUGGGAGGGAAAAACUACGCAGACUUACAUGCUGAGGUGGCUGGGAGGCUUUGCUCUAUCAAACCUGACCACUACAUACCAUCAACCAGAUUUGUCUGUGAAACUGGGCGUGUUGACACAGUAUCUAAUGGCAGUAUAUCAGUUACUGUCAAUGGAAAAUACACUGCUAAAUCAGACUCAGAAUUCAUGUUUGUGGACCCUAAUGUUGCUGGUAUCUCCACCAAAGAAGGUCCAAAAUCAGGGGGAACAACUCUAACAGUGACUGGUGACCAUUUGGAUGCUGGAAGUGAAAUUACUGUCAAGAUGGGAGGUGGCAUGUGUGAGGUUUUAAAAGCAAACAAAACAGCAAUAGAGUGUAAAAUCCCAGCCCAGUCAAUGAACAACACUGUGGUGAGAGUGGAGGUCAGCUUUGGUGGCUACAGGAAGGAGGCCAAGGAGAUGUUUACAUACAAGCCUGACCCAACUGUUACAAUUAUAGAACCUCUCAAGACUAUCAUGAGUGGUGGGACUUCUAUGACCAUCCGUGGAAAUGGUUUAGAUUUGGUUCAGAAGCCUCAGUUUGUCACUAAAUAUGGAGACAAGCGUUUCACAGAGGACUGUAAAAUCAUCAGCGUGAAUGUCAUGGAGUGCAAGUCCCCCUCCAUCGUAGCCCCAGGUGUUAAUGUGACAGAGACCAGCCCACUGGAAGUCCACUACGGGUUUGUCAUGGCCUCAGUGGCUGCUCUGGAGAACGUCUCAUACGACAAAGCUUUUGGGCCCCUGUGGUACUACCCAGACCCUUAUGUAGCACCCUUCACUGAGGAGGACAAAACUAAAAAGUUCCAAGAUAAAGAUUUGCUUUCUAUUCAGGGUCGUUUUCGUGUGGUGAAUGUGCUGAUGGCCAGUGUUAAAGUGUUUGUGGGGGAGGAGCUGUGUAGCCAGACGUCUGCUAGUGACCUGUCCAUUACAUGCCUGCCACCUAGUGAGAAACCAGAUGGUACAGACAUCACUGGCAAAGCUCCAGUCACAGUCCAUAUUGGCAACAUGAAGUCCAUGCCUGGCUACCUGCGUUAUUACUCUCCCUCUGAGUCCAACAAGUCUAUUGGACUGGGAGUUGUUCUAGGUGUGGCACUGCCCAUUUUGUUGAUCGUGGUCCUGCUGACCUUCUGCGUGCUGCGCCGCCAUCGCAAACACAAGCCAGAUCAGCACUACAUCCCAGAUGUUCUCAAGGACUACGAGGGUGCCAAACCAGAAGAGGAGGGGAUGAUUACCAUGGAUAACCUCCCUGUCAAGGUGGACAUGAAUGGUGGUCAGCUGGACAAAAACUCAGACUCUACACCUUACAUUAAUGAGCUGCUUGGGAAGUUUGAAGAGCCAGUGUUGAAGCAAAGUAUUGCUGCAGCUCUGAUCUCCAGGAAAAAAUUGAAUAUUGGUGAUUUAGUUGGAAAAGGUCAUUAUGGUGUGGUUUACAAAGCUGUGUACAAAAACCCAGAAAAUGACAAACAGGCUGAUGUAGCUGUUAAAACAUUACAAGCACCACGAUCUGAGGCGGAAGCACUCCAGCAAUUUUUGCAGAAUGUUGCCAUGGUGAGAGACCUGUCCCACCCCCACCUUCUGCGAGUUGUUGGUGCUGUGGUCAGUCCCAGUGAUGACCCUAUAGUCGUCAUGCCCUUCAUGGCCACAGAAGACCUAGGGUCCUAUGUUAGGGAACCAGCCAAGUCUCUAAGUCUGACAGAUCUGUUGGUCUACUGUAGUCAGAUAGCUGAUGCCAUGGCUUACCUGGACAACCUACACAUUGUACAUAGAAAUCUUGCUGCCAGAAAUUGCAUAAUUACAGAAACCGACGGCAAACGAGCAUCAAUCAAGUUGACGGAUUAUGUCAUCACAGCCAGCUUGUUCCCCCAAGAGUUCUAUGUGGCUGCAGAUGGAAAGGUCUCUGAACUGGUCAGGUGGAUGGCGCCAGAAACAUUGGAGAGUUUCAUCUUCUCCUCCCACUCUGAUGUUUGGUCAUUUGGUAUUGUCAUGUGGGAGGUGUUGACCAGAGGAGUGGAGCCGUACCCAAACAUCUCACCUAGUGACGUCAUCACACAGGUCAAGUCGGGGAAGAGGCUGUCCAAACCCAGACAGUGUCCUGAGAAUGUGUACCAAACAAUACUUUCCUGUUGGCAAACAGUCCCAGCUGAUCGACCUAGAUUUGCUCGACUCCUUGAAUUUCUCGGCCCUUACGACACAGAAUCAGGCCAGGAUGUCAAGCCUGAGUCCCAGUCUCUGACUGCAUCAGUCGAGGUUGGGGGUUCAGAAGAAUAUAAGGAAUUAUUUGGAUAAAAUGUUGGACCAAGCUUUUCUAGUGAAGACUUUUAUCAUAAACUUGCUCACUGGGAGGUGAAGUGAUCUGUGAGUGCCAUCAAAUUUUUAACUUGGAAGCAACCUAUGACGGCUCUGUAUGCAGUAGUUAGAUUCAAAGGAAAUAACAUUAUUAGAGUGAAUCCACAAUUAUAUUUGAAGUUUGUAGGAGGGAUUACAUUGUUACCAUGGAUACAUCUGUUGGUGACAUUAAACAGCAUAUGUGAAAUCAAAACAAGCAUUUAAAAGGGUGCAUUUAAAGUGCAAUAGUAACUCAGUUGAAAAAUGUGCCACACUGGUCAGAUUUUUCAGCAUGGAACUGCAGCUCUGGUGGACCUAUGAAUCUCAGCAAUAUCUUACCUCACAGUUCUUGCCUUGUUUUAUCUUUUGUUUUUUUGUGAUCUCAUUCACCAGCAUCAUCUACAACUCUCAUUCACGUAUUCUUCAAAUUUCUUAGAAUGGGUUAAAAAAAUGCCUUACUUGAAUAGGUUUUAUUGUUUUCAGGUAAUUAUUUUUUAUUUGAAAAAUAAUGUAUGACCAACUAAAUAUUUGGAAAUUUUAGCAUCUGUAGUAGUUCAGCAGCAUACAUGAAGCAUAUGUUAAGACAAUAACCAUCUCUAGGCUCCGAGUGCCUUAGGACAACCAGUCUAUGUCUGAACUGUUUGUUUUCUUGUCACAAACUGUGAAGCUGCUCAACAUACAGGUAUAAAAUUUCAACUGGGAUAGAGUACUACUGGGCAUUAAAGUGUCCAGUAUCUUCACUCUUCUUUUAGAAGUCAGUUCUGUUUUUUUUUAACAGAACAUUGAUUUUAAAAGUUUCAGAAUAAAUAUAAAACAUUUAUAUUUAUCAAUUUAAAACUUAUCUUAUUUAGAAUAUAGAUACAAUGAUGCCAAAUUUUUUUUUGUCUUUCAGAGCUAAUAGGUUUUAGUUCAUUACAUAUUUUAGUGGUUAUUGAUUUGUUCCUAAAACCAUAUUGUAAAUUUAAUGAUAGCAUAAUUUAAAGAUAUAAUACUUUAAUUAUAACGACCAAUUAUAUUUUUUUUACAAUACUGAUAAUAAUUUCUAUCAAAAUUUGGAUCACCCUUGUGUGAAUAUGCUACCAUUUUUAUUUAUAAUCCUACAAGCUAGUGCUGUCUAGAUGUUGACUGUUGAGUGAAGUUCUCUGGAUCGCCUUGUAUAAAUGUAAAUAAAAUCUGCCAUACACAUUUGACAUUUUGUGUGUUAUAAAUAAUACAAACUUGUGUGUUGGUACAUUAUAAACAUACUAAACAUGUUUUUUAAGAUACCUUUUUGUCUAAAUAAAAACAAAGCACUUAAUUUUUACUGUACUUCUUAUUUUUAAAAUUGAAUAAUUUUUAAAUGUAAAAAUAAACACAUACAAUUGGUAUGCUCAGUCAUGUUUUCUUAGAUAUUUUAAGUCUUUUUGAGAUGAAAGAGGAUAGAUACAUGUCUUUUUAUGAAGUUGGAUAUUGAUAUCAAAUCUAAAUGAAAGUCAUUUCAAUGUUUAUCAUGAAAACUACAUAAUAUCAUCAGUUUCAACUUAAAAUCUGUUGAAUCAAAAAUUUACAUUUAAAAAGUUAUUCUCAGUAUUGUCAUUUCCUAGCAGCAUUUUAUACAAGAAGUUUUCUGUGUUGCCUAUUGUACAUAUUAUUUUGUAUACUUUUAAUUUGGCAUCACAUUGAAAAAAAGUUGACAGACUCUAGUCUGGUGGAACAAAUGAUUUUUAUACAGUCACAAUGGUUGAGUGGCCAUGUUCAUGCAACUAACAUUGCCAGGUGGCAGUAGUAGCUGAUGAACAGGUUGACAACCAGACAUAAAAUGCAUGUUUUCAUGAAAAACUUUUCUUAAGUCAAGUCUGUAAGUCCAGUACAUCACAUGGUAUUUGAACAUUAUUUUUAUAUUUUUACAAAAUAAAACAAUUUUUAUAUCUUUUUCAUAUCAGUUUUUACAAGUGCAAUUUUUGACUAAUUCUAUACUUGUACAAUAUUGUAUUGAAGUGUUUAGUUGUACAUUUCUCUGAUCACUUAAGUUUUGCAACUGCUGCUUUGAAAAUAUUUUUGAUACUAAAUUUAAAAUGUGCUUUAUUUGUUUGAUGUAUUAGCAUUGGUAGUCGUGUCAUUUGAAAGAGUUUUUACCAUUGCUAGAUAAGCAGAUCAGGAUUUUUUUUUUCAUAUUUAUUUAUUAUGUUAAUUAUACCUGUGCUUUGAGUUAGCACCGCAGUUUUGCUACUGUAAUAAUUUAUGUAAGAUAAUUGAUAUUACUCAUGUAUGACAAUGUUUGUGUGUAUUUGGUAACCAGUGAGUGAAUGGUGUAUUUAGUUCAAUAGGCGACAAAAUUUU